UCUCAUUAAAAGCAAAUAUAAGGACAGCCAACCAGUGUAAGGGGAGAGUAUCUCUGCAACUUAAGAGUGGUAGAACAAUCGUCUCUCUGUAUUUACUCUCCACAUAUUCAAGGAAUCAGUCAUGGCUGCAGAAGCAAAGCAGACUUGUUAUGAGGGCAGUUCUGUCCAAAGCUUUCAGUUCUACCUGGAACAUUCGGGAGAGCACGAGGCCAUUCUCCAGUGUGUUCACAACAUCCUGCCAGGAGAAUUUAAAAGAAUUGGAGCAGGUAAAAGCAGUCUGGAUGUUCUUGGUGUUGGAAGUGGUGGAGGGGAAAUUGAUGCCCAGAUGCUCACUCUACUACAGUCUACAUUUCCUGCUGUCCCGAUCACUGCUGACAUUGUGGAGGGCAGCUCUCAGCUCACCGACAACUUCAAAGGUUUGGUAGCAAAGACCACCAACCUUCAGAAGAUCCCAUUUGCUUGGUAUAUCAUGCACAGUGAGGACUAUGAGAGGCAAGUCAAAGAAAAAGGAGACAUGAAGACUUUUGACUUCAUACACAUGAUUCAGAUGAUCUACUAUGUGGAUAACCUCGCUGACACCAUCAAGUUCUACCAUAGCCUUCUGAAGAACAAUGGCAGGCUUAUGAUCAUCAUUGAAGCAGCAAACGGUGGCUGGGACACCCUGUGGAAGACAUACAAGAAGGAUCUCUGUGUCGACGCCAUCCAAGAAUACCGCUCAUCAGGAGAGGUAAUUGCCUGCCUGAAGAGCCAGGGUCUGAAAUAUGAGGAGCACGUGAUUCCCAACAGCUUCGACAUCACUGAGUGCUUCAAUCCAAGCAGCCAGACUGGUAAACGUCUGCUGAAUUACAUGACAGCGAACGAUAACUUCUACCAGUCUUUCUCCCCAGAGAUCAAAGGAGGCAUGUUAGAACUUCUCAGAAACAAGUGCAGCACUGAAAAAGAUGGCAGGGUAUUAUUUAACAGUAAUAUGAGCUGCAUACUUGUUUAUGCUUGAGUGUGUACUGUACAGUCUUGCAUUUACUUUACCUUGCCAUAUGCUGAAGUGCAGCAUAUUUGCUUGUUGCUAAAAUCAAGUUUACCAUGUGCUGUUGCAUUCACCUCAUUUACU